CUGGCGCGCACUGAGGAGGAGAGAGAGAGAGAGAGAGAGGGAGAGGGAGAGAGAAACUCCGCGCGCGCACAGAGAGCAGCGCGGCAGCGCCCGGGAUAACGCGAUUAGCGCUCUAUUAGGUCCGCCGCGAGAUGCAGCGCACAGAUCGCCGAGCGGGAGGAGAGAGGGGACGCGGACCGAGCGCCUCACCCGCCUCAUGGAUCCUCUUUGCGCCUUAUUGAUCCGCCUCAAGAAGUUACGCACAGACAGUUUUUUUUUUUUUUUUUUUUUUUUUUUUUUGUGCCGCCCGUGCGCCUUUGGAGCCGGAGACAGAGUGUCAGCGCUCGAUGCUUCUCCCAGAUGAACUGGCAGCUUUAUAAAUAAUAAGGGCUGAUCCUUGAGGAGGCAGCGCACAAUGAAAGAGAAAAAUCCAGUAAAGCCUCGAAGGAGAGAUUCAUGUCCUUCCUCUCCCAGCCCGGCCGUCAGGCACUAGUUCUGCCCUUCCUGGUGGAUGAUAUUUCUUAACCUCAGGUGAACUCGACUGAAAAGUGGGCCAAUCUGCUUCAAUGGAGUUUGACAACAAGACAAACCAGACUCAGCCACAUGCGGCUCCUUACAGCCUCCAGAUGUCCCUGCCGCUCACGGUGCUGGUGGGGAUGAUGAUCCUGCUCAUAGUGUUCGGUAACGUGCUUGUGGUCAUAGCCGUGUUUACAAGCCGGGCCCUGAGGGCUCCGCAGAACUUAUUCCUGGUGUCGCUGGCCUCGGCGGACAUCUUGGUGGCCACCCUGGUGAUGCCUUUCUCCUUGGCCAACGAGCUCAUGGGAUACUGGUACUUUGGCGAGGUGUGGUGUGAGAUCUAUCUGGCGCUCGACGUUCUCUUCUGCACGGCCUCCAUCGCCCACCUCUGCGCCAUCAGCUUAGAUCGAUACUGGUCCAUCACGCAAGCCAUCGAGUACAACCUAAAGAGGACGCCUCGCCGCAUCAAAUGCAUCAUCUUCAUUGUGUGGAUCAUCGCUGCCGUGAUCUCCUUCCCCCCUCUGAUCACCAUGGAGAAGGAAAACAGCGAGGACGACCCCGUGUGUAAGAUCAACGACGAUAAGUGGUACGUCAUCUCCUCCUGCAUCGGGUCCUUCUUCCUCCCCUGCCUCAUCAUGGUGCUGGUCUACGUACGGAUCUACCAGAUCGCCAAAAAGAGGACGCGAGCGCCGCCGGGAGACCGGAAGCAGAAGGACCUGCCGAAGAAGGCCACCGUGGCCGCCGUCGCCCAGAAGGAGAACGGCGUGGGCGAGGCCGAGGACCGCCUGUGCCACGAGAAGCUGAACGGGGAGCGGGACAUCGAGCUGAGGGAGGCGGCGGGAGCCGACGGGGACGGGGACGAGGACAAGGGGGAGGUCAACGGGGUGGACAUGGAGGAGUCGUCGUCCUCCGACCACAAGGUGAACAACCCCUGCUCCAUUAAAAAGAAAGCCAGUAAAGGGAAGACCAAGCUGAGCCAGAUUAAACCGGGGGACAGCGACACGCAGAGGCGCGUGCCGAGCACCAAGGGCAGCCGCUGGAAGGGCCGGCAGAACCGAGAGAAGCGCUUCACCUUCGUCCUGGCCGUGGUCAUCGGGGUGUUCGUCAUCUGCUGGUUCCCCUUUUUCUUCACGUACAUGUUGAAGACGCUGUGCGAGUCCUGCUUCGUGCCCGACACUCUGUUCAAGUUCUUCUUCUGGUUCGGCUACUGCAACAGCGCACUGAACCCCAUCAUUUACACCAUCUUCAACAACGACUUCCGCAGGUCUUUCAAAAAGAUCCUGUGCAGGAGAGACACCAGGAGAUACGUAUGAUGGGACUCCCAUCUCCGUGUACAUAUAUUUUCUAUACUGUUCUGUACAUUAAGCUGUCAAAGACUUUGAGCCUCGUGCAUGGAUCCCUGGUUUGUGCCGCUCUUGGUGUAAAUGCUUCGAAGGGCUUUAUGUGCAGCAUCCUCCUCUCAAAACAUCCAAGAGCCAUAGCUUCAACAUCAGCCAUCCACAGAUCCACAGUGGGGGGGGUGGGGGGCUUAAAAGACAGAGAACCACAGAGAACAUGUUUUUUAUUGUAACUGAUGUUUUUAUUUUUUAUAAAAGAACCACACAUAGUGAAGUCCAUGAUAUGUAUUGUAUUUUACAACAGUAUAUUGUACAAAAUGUCCUAUCUGAGUAUUUGUCUCGUCUUUUAUUGUUAUGGAUACAGUAUUGUGCCAUUUUGUAUGAUAAUUAUGAUUAUUAUGAUGGUGGUUAGGCUGAUGACAGUGAUGGUAAUGAGUACAUGUGGGGGAAAACAACGCAAAAACACAGAGUCAUAAAAGAAUAAAUAAAGCCCAUUUCCUGAAAUGGUUUCAACAAGGAUACAUUUAAAACUGAAAGGAUCGGUGACAUGAUGUUAUUAUUUACGAUGCACUGUUUGAGUACAGGUUUACAUAUUUGGAUUAAAGGAGGCCAGAGGAGAGGCAGAGAGGCAGCAGACGAGGUGUUAAUAGAAAAAAAAAGAGUCAAAGUUGGCUCUUGGAGCACCAUCGGGUGUUGAGGGGAGAGCUCCAAAAGUGAAACGCUGCUUCAGAGACCACCCAUGAAAAUGCUGCACAGAGAAUUGGAAAUUUCAAGCAAAAAAAAAAAAAGAAAAAAAAAAAAGGAGCAAAUCCACUGGUCUGUUGAAUCUGACCUUUACAAGAGAUUAACAAAGAGCUUAGCUCUUAAUGAGCCUGAACAGAACAAGCACAAAUGCCUCUCUGGUCCCUGGAUUAUUCAUGUUAUGAUAAAAACGGGCUUCUUUAGUCAAAGAUGUCAAACUAAAAUUACUUUUUUUUUUUUUUUCAUAUUUUCCAAAGUGUGCAUACGCUGAGGCUUCAGAUUUCCCAGUCAGUUAUGAAUCGAGUGUGGGUGAUGAAUAUGGUUGUAAUGCGAGGCACGGGAGGCGCAGAGGUGCCGCUUCAUUUGCCGUCUUGUGUUACCGCCGCAUGCAUCAUUAAGUGAAGACACGGAGCCUGUCAAACCAGAACCUGAUUGACUGGUCUGCCUCUCUCUCUCCUGCUCCCGCUUUGCUCUGCUCCCCUGAUCAAGCCCAGAAGAAUGGGUGAAUAAAACAAAAGAGCGACUAUCAUCUGUGAUUGAACUCAAAGAAUAGAGCCUUUCCCUGCGGGAGGACGAGCCAGUGAAUGGAUUUCUUUUGACAGCCAGGAAAGCAGCUGAACAGUGCAAUCUGUAGAAAGCUAAACGCUUCUUUUUUUUUUUGUUCUCGACAGUGUAUCCAGCACCUCAUUCGGCUCAGCCUGAUGUAUGGAGCCGCAGGAGUGGUGCUCUGUGUGUUUACAGUGAGUCUGAGGAAGCCGGUGUGCAUCUGUGUGAGCAUGCACUUGUAGAUUUAUGUCUAAACACACGUGGAGGUUCCCGCCGGACGGGAUAGUUUGUAGUCCAGCUGAUUCGCCGCACUCCGUUUUCAUUAGAGGUUAUGUCACAGACAUGUAAAGCAUUAUAUAAAGACGACGCUUUUGACAGACAGGCAUCCCAUGGAGGCUCUUCCCAACCAAACCCCGGGUCCGUGCGCGUCCCGCCGCCACGCUGUGAUUUGUAUUUCCACCGCAGCACCGGAGUCCUGGGAAGAUCAGUGCAGCGAUGAAUCAGAAGCAUGCAUCCUCAAAUUCUGCGGCCUCUGCA